CAUCCAUUGCCAUCAUCACCAUAGGUUAGUUAGAGGGAGUAACGGUGUCAGAAGUACAGAAAGUCCCGAUUUACGUCUUCGCUAAACAGCCGAGGCACAUUGGAGGCACAAAGCUGGAACACAUUAGGAAACAGUAAUAUAUCGUGGUGGAAGACCGAAUUCAAACUUUAUUAUUUGCUUGGAAGUUCCGAGGCAAAGUUUUUUUUCUGGACUUGCUCUGCGCUGAUACACGUCUGACAGUUAACAACAAAGUAACUUGUACGGUGAUUCUCAGCAGGCCGUCCCAUUACAACCAGGGGUCCUACUGCUUCUGUUCUGUUUGCCUCCACCGCAUCUAAGCCGGCUUCAGGGCUGCCUGACCUGUGACUGAGGAACAGAGGAACAGACAGAGUCUUCAUCUCUCCCCCAGAGGAAAGAAUUCAAGAAGUGCAACAUGGCACGGGGCUGUCUCUGCUGUUUGAAGUACACGAUGUUCCUCUUCAACCUUAUCUUCUGGUUGUGUGGCUGUGGGCUGCUCGGCGUGGGCAUCUGGCUGUCUGUGUCCCAGGGCAGCUUUGCCACCUUCUCGCCCUCCUUCCCGUCGCUCUCCGCUGCCAACUUGGUCAUUGCCAUCGGCGCCAUCGUCAUGGUGACCGGCUUCCUGGGCUGCCUGGGUGCCAUCAAGGAGAACAAGUGCCUGCUUCUGACCUUCUUCAUUGUCUUGCUGAUAAUCCUGCUGGCAGAGCUGAUACUACUCAUCCUGUUCUUUGUGUAUUCAGAUAAGGUCAGCGAGAAUGCCAAGCAGGACCUGAAGGAUGGCUUGUCUCUGUACAACACAGACAACAAUGUAGGCCUCAGGAACGCAUGGAACAUCAUUCAAGCAGAGUGGAAGUGCUGUGGGGUGGUAGGGUACACAGAUUGGCACGAGGCCCUCAAGGAGAAGGUGGUGCCCGACCGCUGCUGCCAGGAGCACUACCAGGAGUGCGGACGCAACUCCACCAACAUGUUCUGGACACGGGGCUGCUAUGAGAAGGUGGAGGAGUGGCUCGAUGACAAUAAGCAUCUCAUGGGAACCAUUGGCAUGUGCAUCUUGGUAGUGCAGCUCCUGGGAAUGGCGUUCUCCAUGACACUGUUCCACCAGAUCCACAGAACAGGGAAGAAGUAUGACGCUUAGCGUGGGACAGACAGCACACAGGGAAAGGAGCCCCAUGUACUGCCUGAUGGGAUAGACUCUGGAUGACCCCCCCCCCCCCCCCCCCCCAUACCUCCUGUAUCACAAAGCCUCCCACUCCCCUCUCUUCCCAGAAACCCUGUACAGACUGCAGCUGUGUCACCCUUGUCCUCUUCUCUGUCCACUCCACCAUUCAUUUGCCAAAGAUAAAUGGGACUGGAAGAUGUCUUAUGUCGUCUCUCUCCUGUUCAGAAGUAAAUAUAAAUGUUUUGGGCGCUUGGACUAAUAGUUUUGCGGGAAGCUUUACUAAUGCUCACAUCCCCCCUGCAAGGCGAAGAAAGCGGUGAAAAGAAAAAUGAGAUUGUAGUCUCCAGGUUUUCAUGGAUUUUGUCGUGUUGAUGGUUCAUGUUAACUUCCUCUUUCCCUUGUAAAUGAUGAAAGGCUCCGACAUGGUAUGCUAGUUUUCUACUCCCCGGAACCCUUUUUUCAUUGAAAAUGUCUUCUUUUUUUUUGUCAUUGAAAAUGUCAUUUUUAUUCCCAAUACAGUAUGAUUUCUUUCUUCUAAA